AUGGCUGGUGGCAAGGUUGCCACUCUGAUCAUGGACAAUGGCUAUGGAAUGUGCAAAAUGAGAUUUGUGGAAGAUGACAAUUCCCAGGCAGUCUUCUCCACCAUUAUGAGAUGGCUCAGGCACCAGAGGAUCAUUGUGGGGAUGAGCCAGAAGGACAGUUACAUGGGGAACAAGGCACAGAAGAAGACGGAUUUCCUCACCCUAAAGUACCCCAUUGAACAUGGCAUCAUCAUCAUAUGGCAGGGAGAUCAUCACCCCACCUCUUACGAGUUGUGGGUGGCUGCCAAGGAAUACCCGGUCUUGCUAACCGAAGCCCUCCUGAACCUGAAGGCCAACUGGGAGAAGAUGAUGCAGAUCAUGUUUGAGACCUUCAACAUGCUGGCCAUGUACACUUUGACACAUGCCAUCCUGUGCCUUGACCUGGCCAGUUGCAUCCUGACUGGGCACAUCAUGAAUAUCCUGAUCAAGUGGGGCUAUAGCUUCACUACCAUGACUGAGACGGCAGGACAUCAAGGGGGCCUGGACUUCAAGCAGAUGAUGGUCACAGCCUCCUUGUCGUCCUCCCUGGAGAAGAGCUAUGAGCUGCCUGACAGGCAGGUGAUCACCAUUGGCAGGAAGUGCUUCCAGUGCCCCAAGGUCCUCUUCCAGCACUCCUCCCUGGACAUGGAGUUAUGUGGCAUCGACUUGGUGUGA